UCGACGACUAAGACUGUGCGCAUGCGCAGAGCGCUUUGCAACAUCUGUCACAUCUUUUGUUAGUAACGUUACAGAUUCAAACAAGGAGCUCAGCCAAACAUUACGGAAAUACGCAGCGUAUUCCCUCAAUAUGACAUCACGCGUUGGUCCCAGAGCUGCUGGUACCAAUGGAAGUGACUUCAAACACAGAGAGAGGGUGGCCCCGCAUUACCAAAUGAGUGCUGCCCUGAAGUCAGAGGUGCGGAAGUUAAACCUGGUCCACCUUCUCCUCUGGCUGCUGGUGGCUGCACAGGUGACUGUCAGCCACUUCGACCUGGUGUCACACGACACAGUGUCCAUGCCGUACCAGUGGGAGUAUCCUUACCUGCUCAGCCUCCUCCCUCUGCUCUGCAGCGGCUUGUCACUUCCGAAGAACAAUAUCAGUUACCUGGUCAUAUCCAUGAUCAGCGCAGGGCUGUUCUCAGUGGCACCUCUGAUUUAUGGUGGAAUGGAAAUGUUUCCUGUAGCGCAGCAGCUCUACCGCCAUGGAAAGGCCUACCGCUUCAUUUUUGGCUUCUCUGCAGUGACAGUUAUGUACCUGAUCAUGGUGGUUGCUGUUCAAGUGCACGCCUGGCAGUUAUAUUACAUGAAGAAGCUGUUAGACUCAUGGUUUGAAGGCACUCAGGAGAAGAAGAAGAAAUAAUGGAGUGAAGAAACAUGUGACUGGGCAAAACUGUGUUUUUUAUCUUAAUUUAUACAUAAGUUAUGCAUCUUAUCAAUGUCUAGUUGUUCAGUCAUCAUCAUGUAACUCAUACCUUAAAUACCAGUGUUCUCUGACACAGAUAUAAAACAGAGUGAGAUGUACAAUUUUUGCAGGAAUCCGGAUUUUUUUUACAUCAUUUAUUUAAAGUGUCUAGCACACACAAUCAGGAGUGGCAUCAAAGCAACAUCCAUUAACAUUGCAUUGCAUUAUAGUAAUUUUGUUCCCUCUUCAUCACUGGGUCUAGAAUGCAGUUUUUCUCCAAACAGAGAAGUAAGUAAUUUAAGACGAAGACAUCAUUGCCAUCUCUCUAAAAAUAGAGAUGUAGAGGUGUUUAUAAAAGUACAGCAGUGAAAGCACAAACUGUUCUAACAUACAUUUUGCUCACUACUGUUUAUUGAACUAGAUAUACCUUUGCUGCAGAUGUGCUGAUGCUGUCUCCUUCAUUAAGUCUUUACCUCUCACAAUUAUUUUUCAGAAUGCAUUUAAGCCAUUACAAAGAAAGGUGGUGAUCAACAUAUCUGCCUGUAUUGUUAUGUUUUCAAGUAUUCUCAUUCAGCAUCAGAAGCCAGCUUAUUACGCCUGUGUACAUGAAUAAAAUAAAUGCACUGUAAACCAAA